AGACCAUUUUAUUAGAGCCUUUGCAUUAGAGAUGUUGUAUGCUAACUCGGCUCGCUUACAUUCAAUAUUCAUGUGCAUCACAUGUAGUUAUAUUUAAAAUGAUUAAGAUAUCUGAAAUUAUUGAAAGCUGAUAAUUGAGAAAGAAUAUAGUACUUGUGCAGGAGCAGGAGAAGAUAAGAGCAGAUGAAGUGUCAACUACUGCAAUAAGUUAUCAGCACACCUCUUCUCUCUCCACAUUCAAGUCUUUAAAUUCUCUCCAUUUUCUUUCGCUUUCUGCUGUCAGAGAUCCACUCAUUUCAAAGUCCAUCUUUAUUUCUUUUGCUAUGACUACUGCAGCUUGAACAUCUAAACACCUCCUUCUCUCGGAAUUUAUGGCAAAAGAAUUCAGCUUUGCUUAGAAUAUGAUGGUGUUGAAGCGAAAGAGGCGUCAGCUACAAGCAUACUUCACCGGAACUUGAAAGCUUUUGUGUAUCUACAACGCGUCUGCUUAAGGGAAUGGACAGUGUCAUCACAUCUCUAGGUCGUAUGGAAGUGAAGAACGACUCGCCUCUAAAAGGUGGGGAAGUUGAAAGGGGGAAAGCCAUCUUCUCAAAAUACUACGAGUACUUGCCAUACAAGCGCCAGCACAGGGAGAGUGUGCUCAACGUGCUGUAUUCCCGUGAGACUGGCACGAGCAGCACGUACUGCUGCAAGCCAUCAAGGCGAAGGUGUGCCUCGUCUGCUAGGAAGAGCCAGUGCUUCUACAUGAGGUCGCUCUGUGCUGCAAAGUUUGGGUCGUCCGUGCAGCCAUUGUCGUGUCCCAUUACUAAUGAUACGAAAGAGGCAGACAGGAUCCUCCGGCCAAGGCAGUUUGAGUACCACCCUGCUGAUUCCAGCCUGAUGGCAGUUGGCACUCUUGAUGGAGACGUGGUCGUUCUCAACCACGAGACGGGGAAUGUUGUCGCGUGCAUCUUCCCGUCGCUGAGCAUGAACAGCAUUCUUGGCCUUUGUUGGCUCAAGCAACAACCCUCUAAGCUCUUGGUGGGCUCUGAUAACGGUUGCUUGAGAUUGUUCGACAUCAAUGAGGUCCGUACAAAAACUGGGGAUAGCUACUGCAACUCUAGCGUUGUCUUUGACGACUUCGAGCUGCUGACCUCCGUUCAUGUUAACUCAACGGAUGACCGGUGUCUAGCAAGUGGGUACUCGAAGAAAGUGGCCAUAUACGAUAUCUGCAGCGGGCAACGGCUGCAGCUGUUGACGGACAUGCACCGUGAGCCCAUAAAUGUUGCCAAGUUUUCGAACCACUCCCCUAACCUCUUUGUGACAUCAUCAUUCGACCGUGAUGUGAAGAUGUGGGAUUUGAGACAGGCGCCUCUGAGGCCUUGCUACUCGUCUAGAAGCUCGAGGGGGAACGUGAUGGUUGUGUUCUCUCCAGACGAUCUUUAUCUACUGGUCUCGGCUGUGGAUAAUGAGGUAAAGCAACUUGUGUCUGUGGAUGGGCGGCUUCACACGGAUUUUGGGAUAGUUUCAACGGGAAGUUGUCAUAACUACACGCGCUCCUACUACAUGAACGGAAGAGACUACAUCAUUACUGGAAGUUCCGAGGAAGCAACCAUCCGCAUCUGUUGCACACAUACAGGAAGGCGACUACGAGAUAUAUCUUUGGAGGUCCAGGAUACAGGGAGAUCAAGCUCCAUUUACGUGCAAUCAUUGAGAAGUGAUCCUUUUAGACAUUUCCACAUGGCGAUCUUGGCAGCAUAUGCUCGACCAUCCAAAUAUGAAAUUAUUAAGAUUAACUUACUUUCAUCGAGCCGCUCUGCCGAAGGAGGCUUGCAUAUCUCUUUUGGCAAGGGUGGCUAAGGUUCAAUUCAUUUCAGAUUUUGUGACUAUUCACAAAGUGUAUAGAAGAAGAAGAUGAUGAAGAAGCUUGUUUUUUGUUUUGAUGCGAUUAUAUUCUUGGAACAUAGAAAAUUGGGGCAUGCCUAAACUUGUGUAUGUAGCAUAUAUUUAAGCUGAGUUAAAAGGCAACUUGAAACUUUCGAAGGUGAUGAUAAAUUCAACAUGUUGUGCAGAGGUUCGCA